UCCAAACAUGGCUGCCCAGGAUGAGCUCAAUCAACUGGAACGUGUGUUCCUCCGCCUGGGCCAUGCAGAGACGGACGACCAGCUCCAAGACAUUAUCUCCAAGUUCCUACCCCCGGUGCUCCUCAAGCUCUCCAGCGUCCAGGAGGGCGUGCGGAAGAAAGUUAUGGAGUUGUUGGUUCACCUGAACAAGAGGAUAAAGAGCCGACCUAAAAUUCAGCUACCAGUAGAAACUCUGCUGGUUCAGUACCAAGACCCUGCAGCCGCCUCCUUUGUUACGAAUUUCACCAUCAUAUACAUCAAAAUGGGCUACCCACGCCUGGAGGUGGGCAAACAGUGCGAGCUGGCCCCCACCCUCCUCACUGCUAUGGAAGGCAAGCCACAGAUACAACAGGACAGCCUGAUGCACCUGCUGAUCCCGACUCUUUACCACAUGAAGUAUCCUGCAGACGCCUCCAAGAUUGCAGCUCCAUUUAACUUAUCUGAGCGGCCAAAGACGAUGCAGCUGCUGCUGGAGUUUAUGUUGGAUGUUUUACUGAUGCCCUAUGGGUUUGUGCUGAAUGAAUCCCCAACUCGCCCAGCACCCACCUCCGCGCAGGGAGGUGCUGCCGAUGGGACAGUGGCUGUGAGUGGCCAGGGUCUCCCCCAGCCUCCCCCUGGGAUGAGUGUCUAUGCUGCCAAGAGGGUGAUUGGGGAGGCCCAGUGGAGCGCUGAGCAACUAGAGCAGUGUAAGCUGGGGAUAGUGAAAUUUAUCGAAGCAAAGCAAGUCCCUGAGGUGGAGACAGUGGUUCUCCUGGUGGUGGCGUCCAGCGACACGCGACACGGUGUUGCCACUGCAGCUGAUCUGGAGCUGAAGAGCAAACAGAGUAUCAUCGAUUGGAACAAUCCUCUAAUUAUCAACAAGAUGUACAAGGUGUAUCUAGGGGAUGUCCCUCUUAAAACAAAGGGUGGCAAUCUUAAGCAGGAGUUGAAGCAUGAGCCAGUGAGCACAAGAGUCAAAUUGAAGAUCCUGCCACAUCUUCUGCGGUCACGCUUAGCGGCAGAAUGCUUUCCAGCUAAUAUCCAGGUUGUGUAUGACGGUCUGUUUGGAGCUAACACCAACAACAAGCUGCUGUCUCUCACCCUGCAGUUUGUCCAUCACAUUUGCACAGUGUGCCCUGACACUAAUAAACCUUUGGGGCUAAUGCUGCUUAAUGGUCUUACUAAGCUCAUCAACGAAUACAAGGAGGAUCCUAAGCUUCUAUGUGUAGCCUACUCUGCUGUUGGAAAGCUGGCAAGCCGCAUGCCACAGCUGUUCACAAAGGAUAUUGCACUUGUACAGCAGUUCUUUGAGUCCAUGUGCAAGGAGGAGGCCGAUGUCCGUCUCGCCAUUCAGGAAGCUUUGUCCAUGAUGGUUGGAGCUUAUGCUAACCUACAGGGGGCACUGCUGAAUCUGAUGGAGGCCCUGGUUGCUGCAUACAUCAACAAGCCGGAGGUGCAAGUUCGCCAAGUGGCCAUGAAGUUUGCCAGCACAGUGUUUGCUCCUGAUCAUGUGCAAUCGAGGUAUCUGCUGCUGCUGGCCGCUGGAGACCUGAGGGAGGAGGUGGCUGGAGAGGCCCAGAAGGUGCUGAGGUCUUUUCCUACCAAGAGCUCAGAGAAGGAGGGACAUAAGCCCAUGCCCUCAUUUCCUGACAUGGUGGCCCACGUCCAGGAGAAGGCAGCUCAGAGGAUCAAGACCCCAGCUAAGUACAUUGUUGGAACCACCACAAUUCCUUUCAACCCCUCUGCAUUUGGGGAGAUUGUCCUCUACCUGAGGAUGUGUUUAGCCCACAGUGCCGGGGCCAGGCCCAUGUCCACACGCGUGACAGACAUGCAGGAUGAUGCCCCGGCCAUCGGUCGCUACAUCCACUCACUGCUGUCCUCUGAGCCUCAGCAGUCAGUGUCGAAGGGGUCUGAGGCAAAUCCCGUCCAUGUCUACAUUGAAUUGCUGCAGCAGCUACUUUCUGCUGUUGGAGGAAUCCCAGUUAUGUACUGUCUACUGGAGGUGGUGUCAGUCUGCCCAGAGAAGCUGGCUCCCAGAUUUGUUGAUAAAAUUGACUGGAUUAAAGGUAUGAUGAACACAAAUAAGGAGGACAUGAGGGAGCUCGCAGCUCAGCUUUACGCUGUGGUAGUUUCCACCAUGAUCGGCAACGAGCUGCAGACAGCUGUGCAGAACCUGCUCAAAAUCACCAAAGACAAGCACAGUCCUGAGACUCAGCACGGUGCUAUCUUGGCUCUCGGCUACAUGGUUGGAAGGUACAUGAGCAAGAAGAAAGCCAUCUCCUCUGGUGACUCUACAGACAGCAUGGAGCUGAAAAUGAACUUCUCCUCCCAGGAAGACGAUGCGCUUGUUUCCAUGGCUACGAAGACAGUUGGUUCCUACCUGGACAGCAGUAGUUCUUUACUGACAGUCGCGGCCUGUACAGCCAUUGGAGAAAUUGGCCGGAAUGGCUCCCUGCUGAUCCCUGCAGAGGGUGAGGGCUUCACCAAACUCUCCACUGUGGAAAACCUUCUGGCUCGUAUCCCCUCUGGCAAGGAGAGCACAAAGAUGAAGGAGCGAUCGAUCCAGACCUUAGGUUACCUACCAGUGGGAGAUGGAGACUUCCCUCAUCAGAAGAAGCUGCUGCAGGGACUAAUGGACUCUGUGGAGGCCAAACAGGUGGAGCUACAGUUCACAGUUGGAGAGGCCAUUACCAGUGCUGCAAUCGGCACCAGCUCGGGAGCUGCCAGAGACCAAUGGACCUGCACUGAUGACCAGUACAGCCCUCCCCACAACAUUAAAACCAAUGAUAUGGUUCCUUGGGUACUCAACUCCAUCCUGGCCAAGUACAUCCCCAGCCAGAACCCCCAUGUCCGACAGGCAGCCUGCAUCUGGCUGCUCUCCCUGGUCAAGAAACUCAGCCAACACAAGGAAAUCACGUCUCAUCUGAAGGAGAUUCAGGUGGCAUUCAUCUCUGUUCUCUCAGAUCCAGAUGAGCUGAGCCAGGAUGUAGCGUCUAAAGGACUUGGAUUGGUAUAUGAGAUGGGAGGAGAGGACGACCAGCAUGAACUGGUAUCCACGCUGGUGGAAACACUCAUGACUGGUAAAAGAGUCAAACAUGCUGUCGCAGAAGACACAGAGGUUUUCCAAGGAGAAGGUAUAGGGAAAACACCUGAUGGCCACAACCUGACCACAUACAAGGAGCUCUGCUCAUUGGCCAGCGACCUGAACCAACCAGAUCUCGUUUACAAGUUCAUGAACUUGGCCAAUCACCACGCCAUGUGGAACUCCCGCAAGGGAGCAGCUUUUGGUUUUAACAUGAUCGCUGCCAAGGCCGGGGAGCAGCUGGCUCCAUUCCUGCCCCAGCUUGUGCCUCGUCUCUACCGCUACCAGUUCGACCCCAACCUGAGCAUUCGUCAGGCCAUGACCAGUAUCUGGGAUGCCUUGGUCACUGAUAAGACCCUGGUGGAUAAGUAUCUUAAGGAGAUCCUGCAGGAUGUCAUUUCCAACUUGACCAGUAACACCUGGAGAAUACGUGAAUCCAGCUGUCUGGCCCUGAAUGACCUAGUUCGUGGGCGCCAAGCUGAGGACCUCAUCGAUCAUCUUGCAGAAAUGUGGGAGGUGCUGUUUAGAGUCCUCGAUGACAUUAAGGAAUCUGUUAGGAAGGCUGCAGACAUAACACUGAAAACACUCAGUAAGGUGUGUACUCGUAUGUGUGAGUCCACAGGCGCUGCAGCCCAGAGAACUGUGGCAGUGCUGUUACCUACUCUGCUGGAAAAAGGCAUCGUUAGCAAUGUGUCAGAGGUCCGCUCACUCAGUAUCCAGACCCUGGUGAAAAUUAGUAAGACGGCCGGUGCCAGACUAAAGCCUCACGCUUCCCGACUCAUCCCAGCCCUACUGGAGGCCCUCAGCACCCUGGAGCCUCAGGUCCUCAACUACCUCAGCCUCCGAGCCACCGAGCAGGAGAAGGUAACCUCAGACAACUGCAUCUUCAUCCAAGGACUCUAUUACAGAUUAGAUUCAACUUUGUUUUGGAUUGUGUUUUUUUUGUCACUCCAGAGCGCCAUGGAUGCUGCCAGACUAAGUGCUGCCAAGUCGUCCCCAAUGAUGGAGACCAUUAACAUGUGUCUGCAGCACCUGGAUGUUUCUGUGCUGGGGGAACUGGUUCCGAGGCUCUGUGAGCUGCUGAAGAGUGCAGUCGGCUUAGGCACCAAGGGUGGCUGUGCGAGUGUGAUUGUUUCACUGUCGGUGCAGUGUCCUCAGGACCUCAGCCCGUAUUCAGGUAAACUGAUGAGCGCCCUGCUGAAUAGUGUCCACGACAGAAGCACCGUAGUGCAGAAAGCCUUUGCUUUUGCUUUGGGACACUUAGUCAGGACAGCUAAAGACAGCAGUGUGGAGAAACUACUACUGAAACUCAACACCUGGUACUUGGAGAAAGAAGAGCCAGUGUACAAGUCAUCGUGUGUGUUGAUCGUGCAUGCCAUCAGCCACUACAGUCCGGAUGUGCUGAAGGCACAUGCAGGAGUGGCCCUGCCUUUAGCUUUCUUAGGGAUGCAUCAGGCUCCAGGUCCUGAUGAGGAGAAAGGAGAGAGCCAUGACGCCACGCUGUGGGGCGAGGUGUGGCAGGAGAACGUCCCAGGAAGCUUCGGAGGCAUCAGACUCUACAUGACGGAGCUGAUCACCAUCACACAGAAAGCUCUGCAGUCCCAGUCCUGGAAGAUGAAGGCUCAGGGUGCUGCUGCCAUGGCAACCGUCGCCAAGGAACAGAUUGGCUCAUUGGUGGCGCCACACCUUGGCUUGGUGCUAACCGCUUUAAUGCAGGGACUAUCCGGGCGCACCUGGGCAGGCAAGGAGGAGCUGUUGAAAGCCAUUGGAUCAGUUGCGAGCAAAUGCAGCGGCGAGCUGAAGAAGCCUUGGCCAGGUCAGCCCACAGUCCCUGAGAUGCUAGAGAUUGUGAUGAAGGAAUGCCGCAAAGAGAGUCUGGUUUACAAAAUGGCCGCUUUGCGCUGUGCGGGAGACGUGCUCCACAGCAGCCAGGAGGACCGAUUCAGUGACAUGGCCGACAUCCUGCUCCCUCUUAUCAAGAAGAGCUGCCCAGAGAGUGGGGGAGCGUCCAAGAGGUCAAUGGAGGACGAUGACCGAGAUGUGAAGGAGAAAGAGCUGCAGACUGAAGUGUUGCUUUGUGCUUUCGAGACUCUCGGAAAGACUUGGCCCAGGAACCCACAGACUCAGGCUCGUUUCCAGGUGGACGUUUGCAGUCUAAUGUGUGAUAAGCUCCAGCGAAGCACUUGGAAAGUGCAGCUGGCCGUUCUCCAGUCCAUGAAGUCCUACUUCCAGGGGUUACUGCUGCUGGAGAAAGGCAGUGAAGACUUUAACACGCUGUCCCAGAUCCUCACAGAGACGAGUGCAGGUCUCACGUACCCGUUAGAAAACAAAAGUUACUCGUCUGUGAGGACCGAGGCCUUGUCAGUUGUGGAUCUGAUCGUAAAGAGAACUGGAGAGAGUGAGCAGUGGGACUGUGUGUCUGUGAAGAGCCGGGAGCAGCUGCAGCGCUCCCUGUCCACGCUGCAGACCGACAGCAGGCCCGACCUGAGGGACAAGGCUCAGGAGCUGCGUCGACACAUCCAGAGUCAACCCUGAGCCGCCACACGCACAAAGAGAGAGAGAGAGAGAGAGAGCUCACAGGGUCCGCCAAAUCCACACAGAUACACACACAGUGCAAAGCAAGAAAACAGCAUCAACGUCUUUUAACAUCGUAACGAGUAACACAAAUCAUCCACUAGCACACUUCUCUGUCUGACCUCUUUGCCAAAGCAGUCGUCUCUUUAAGCCGAUAUUCCCAAACUCCUCAAUCCACUGCAUCAAUAUUCAUGUUAACCUGUGGGCUUUGAAACUGACUUGUGCAGGAGAGUGGUCCGCUCAAGCUGAACGACUGAAGAGACUUCAUUAACGCAACUUGCCCUGAGUCCGGACUCUCAGCGACGUCGGUGGAGGGCGAGGCUAAUUUUUUGUUACGUGUCAAGCUUAAUUUGGUUCAUUUAAAUGGACAGUAAGAUGAUAAUGAAUGCUAUAUAAACCAAUCUGUUAGGUUUGUGGACACUGUAUACCUGUAGCCCCAAAGUGGGGACUUUUACUACUGUUGUGGGUUUGCCUACUCAUUAAAUAUCUGAACAACAGCGGGUCGUACACGCAGGGUGACAGGCUUUCAGCUCCGGAUCAAAGUUUGCGUGCUUUGAGCUCAAAGUCCUCACGACUGUGUUCGUUCCUGCUGGUGAAGAUGGAGGAGCUGGUGGAAAACCUAUUUUGUGAAAUGUUAAAAAUUAGUCAAAUCGUGUUAAAUUCGAAGUGAUGCUAUAGCUGUUUGAAAUUGUCCCUGAUGAAAUAAAACUACCUUCAUAA